AUGAGUACCUACCAAAGACGAUCCAACCUAUUCAGCUUGUUGGUAGCUGUGGCGACACUGACUAUGGCGACUGGCUUUGUCGCCCCGAAUCGACCCAUGGCAUUUGCCAAUCUGCAACCAAAACAACGACAGCAGCCCUACAUGACGGCGGAUGUGGCUGCAUCUGGAGGUGCGGCCAUUCCAGAACCUUCCCUGACAACGUUUCGAGAAGCCGAAGUCCUGGGAUUACGACUCAUGCAAGAAGGAAACUACGAAGAAGCACUCAAAGUCUUCCAAAAAGGAAUGAAGCUUCCAGGAUCCAACAAGGAUGUUGUGCGAACAAAGUCCGUGUCAGGUCCCAGUCCAGUGGGCGGUUCCAUGGGUGGCUUUGAAAGCCAAAACGUCUAUCCCCUGGAUGAAUUCGAAUUACAAGCAGCACAUUAUAACAUUGCCUGUGUACACGCACAACUUGGAAAUCUAGAUGAGUCCAUUGCCAACCUACAAAUGGCCUUUGAGAACGGAUUCAACAACUUCUCCACCGUACGAGGAGAUCCCGAUCUGGAUCCCAUCAAGGACCAACCCGACUACAGAAAGUUGAUGGAUGCGUAUGACUCCAAAGGAUUCAACCCGUUUGGAUUCCUUGGAAAAUAA